AUUCACCAUGCCGUUUAAGGGGUUCACUACCUUCAAAGAAAAAUUCCUGAAGCCUGGAAAGGAGGGUGUGAAGAAUGCGGUUGGAGACUCGCUGGGCAUUUUCCAAAGAAAAAUUGAUGGGACCAACGUAGAGGAAGACCACAUUGAGCUGAAUGAAGAGGGGCAGCCAGUGCAGGUUCCAACUCAGAGUGGCCCGCGAUGUGACUGCUAUUGCUGUGGGGUACCCAAGCGCUACAUCAUUGCCAUCAUGAGUGGCCUGGGUUUCUGCAUUUCUUUUGGGAUUCGCUGCAACCUUGGCGUUGCCAUUGUGGAGAUGGUCAAUAAUAGUACUGUGUAUAUAGAUGGGAAGCCAGAAGUCCAGAGUGCCCAAUUUAAUUGGGACCCAGAGACAGUUGGACUCAUCCACGGAUCUUUUUUCUGGGGCUAUAUAAUGACACAAAUUCCAGGAGGCUUCAUCUCAAAUAAAUUUGCUGCAAAUAGGGUAUUUGGAGCUGCUGUUUUCUUAACGUCGACCCUGAAUAUGUUCAUCCCUUCUGCAGCUCGAGUGCAUUAUGGCUGUGUUAUGCUGGUCAGGAUUCUACAGGGUCUGGUGGAGGGUGUUACUUACCCAGCAUGCCAUGGGAUGUGGAGUAAGUGGGCACCCCCACUCGAAAGAAGCAGAUUGGCAACUACCUCUUUCUGUGGUUCAUAUGCCGGGGCAGUGGUUGCCAUGCCAUUGGCUGGAGUAUUAGUGCAGUAUAUUGGAUGGUCCUCGGUCUUUUAUAUUUAUGGGAUGUUUGGGAUUAUUUGGUACAUGUUUUGGUUGCUGCAUGCCUAUGAGUGCCCUGCUUCUCACCCAACUAUCUCUGAGGAAGAGCGCACCUACAUAGAGACAAGUAUAGGAGAAGGCUCCAACCUGGUCAGUCUAGAGAAAUUUAAUACACCCUGGAAACGGUUUUUCACAUCAAUGCCCGUUUACGCCAUCAUUGUGGCCAACUUUUGUCGGAGUUGGACCUUCUAUUUAUUGCUGAUCAGUCAGCCUGCUUACUUUGAAGAAGUCUUUGGCUUUGCAAUAAGCAAGGUGGGUCUUUUGUCUGCAGUCCCACAUAUGGUCAUGACAAUCAUUGUGCCCAUUGGAGGACAGUUGGCUGAUUAUUUAAGAAGUAGAAAGAUUUUAACAACAACAGCUGUUCGCAAAAUCAUGAAUUGUGGAGGUUUUGGCAUGGAAGCCACCUUACUCUUAGUGGUUGGUUUCUCUCAUACCAAAGGUGUGGCCAUCUCCUUCCUAGUGCUGGCUGUAGGAUUCAGUGGCUUUGCAAUUUCAGGAUUUAACGUUAACCACUUGGAUAUUGCCCCACGCUAUGCCAGCAUUCUUAUGGGGAUCUCCAAUGGUGUGGGGACCCUUUCUGGAAUGGUUUGCCCUCUUAUUGUUGGUGCAAUGACUAAACACAAGACUCGGGAAGAAUGGCAGAAUGUCUUCCUCAUAGCUGCUCUGGUACACUACAGUGGCGUGAUCUUCUAUGGUGUCUUUGCUUCCGGGGAGAAACAGGAAUGGGCAGAUCCAGAGAAUCUCUGUGAGGAAAAGUGUGGCAUUAUUGACCAAGAUGAGUUGGUGGAAGAGAUGGAACUGAACCACGAGACUUUUGUUUGUCCGAGGAAAAAAAUGUCCUAUGGGGCAACCGCUCAGAAUAGUGAAAUCCAGCGAAAUGAGUGGAGGAGACAGAGGGGACUGAUGAUGGAUGAGGAAGAGCAGUCAUCCUAUCAGUAUGAAGGGGAAUACUUCCCAGACACGUCCUAGUGUAAGAAAAUGUCCAGUUGUUUCAGCAUUGCAGGCCUCCGCGUAUCAUGAAACCAGACACUAUAGUAUCCAUAGCUAUUGCUUCCUCCCUAGCAGAUCUUGCCAAGAUAUUGAGUGCUAUAGGAUAAAAAGAAAAGACAUGAGACCCCAUGUUUGGUGAAGAGGCAACAAUGAUGUGGGAAGCUACAGAUCUGCUCUCAUUCUCUUGAGCUAGAGAGAUGUGGAUUUGAGUCCUACCUCUAAUAUAUACUGGCUCUGUGACCCUGGACAAAUCAUUCAAUCAUUUUCUAGGAGUUUUCUUAGAUUUUAAGGUGCAAAGCCAGUGUCCAUCCCCAUUGGUAGAGGUUUCCUAAUAGGUGCUCCCUAUGCUAAUGAAAUCAUAAUUCUACUCCAGUAUUUAUUUAGGAGAUAGAUUAGCCACUUUCCUUCUUUUCUUCCUUUCUUCCUUCAAGUUCCUUUCUUCGUUUUUUCAUUUUUCCCUUUUCUUUUUCUUCUUUCCUUCCUUCCUCUUCCCUCCUUCUUUCCCUACCUUUUCUUCCCUCCCUCUUUCCCUACCUUU